AUGGGUGUAUCAGGCUUAGGUUCUAGUUUAGCAAAUUGCAUUAAUCUCUCAAAUUUGACACUUGACCUUCAGAACAAUUAAAUUGGUGCAAAGGGUGCAUCAGGUUUAGCUUCUGGUUUAGCAAAUUGCAUUAAUCUAUCAAAUUUGUCACUUUACCUUGAUGGCAAUAAAAUUGGUGAUGAAGGUGCAUCAGGUUUAGGUUCUGGUUUAGCAAAUUACAUUAAUCUCUCAAAUUUGACACUUCACCUUAGGAACAAUUAAAUUGGUGCAAAGGGUGCAUCAGGUUUAGCUUCUGGUUUAGCAAAUUGCAUUAAUCUCUCAAAUUUGUCACUUGACCUUCAAUAAAUUGAAAUUGGUGAUGAAGUUGCAUCAGGCUUAGGUUCUGGUUUAGCAAAUUGCAUUAAUCUAUCAAAUUUGACAAUUAACCUUUGUAGGAAUAAAAUUUGUGAUGAAGGUGCAUCAGACUUAGGUUCUGGUUUAGCAAAUUGCAUUAAUCUCUCAAAUUUGUCACUUAACCUUAAUUAAAAUUAAAUUGGUACAAAGGGUGCAUCAGGCUUAGGUACUGGUUUAGCAAAUUGCAUUAAUCUCUCAAAUUUGACACUUAACCUUAAUAGGAAUAAAAUUGGUGCAAAGGGUGCAUUAAGCUUAGGUUCUGGUUUAUCAAAUUGCAUUAAUCUCUCAAAUUUGUCACUUGACCUUAAUGAAAAUUAAAUUGGUACAAAAGGUGCAUAAGGCUUAGGUUCUGGUUUAGCAAUUUGCAUUAAUCUCUCAAAUUUAGCACUUAACCUUUAUGACAAUAAAAUUGGUGAUUUAGGUGCAUCAGGCUUAGGUUCUGGUUUAGCAAAUUGGAUUAACCUCUCAAAUUUGUCACUUGACCUUCAUUAAAAUUAAAUUGGUGCAAAGGGUGCAUAAAGCUUAGGUUCUGGUUUAGAAAAUUGCAUUAUUCUUUCAAAUUUGACACUUAACCUAAAUGGCAAUAAAAUUUGUGACGAAGGUGCAUCAGGCUUAGGUUCUGGUUUAGCAAAUUGCAUUAAUCUCUCAAAUUUGUCACUUAACCUUAAUGACAAUAUAAUUGGUGCAAAGGGUGCAUCAGGCUUAGCUUCUGGUUUAGCAAAUUGCAUAAAUCUCUCGAAUUUUUCACUUUACCUUGAGUAGAAUGAAAUUGGUACAAAGGGUGCAUAAUACUUAGGUUCUGGUUUAGCAAAUUGCAUUAAUCUCUCAAAUUUGUCACUUUACCUUGAUAGCAAUAAAAUUGAUGAUGACGGUGCAUCAGGCUUAGGUUUAGGUUUAGCAAAUUGCAUUAAUCUCUUAAAUUUGAUACUUGACUUUCGUGGCAAUUAAAUUGGUGAUGAAGGUGCAUCAGGCUUAGGUUCUGGUUUAGCAAAUUGUAUUAAUCUCUCUAAUUUGACACUUCACCUUAGCUCAAUGUAUUAAUCAUAAAAACUCAAAGUAAUAAGCAAGUGUCUUAAAUCAAAAAGAUUAGUUGUCUUUCAAAAAAAAUUCUGGUGA